AUGGCCCAGGUCAAGCCAGACCCGGAUGCCAUGUACAUCAAACCCGACCCGGAUAGCAAGGACGCAAUCCUUGCCGACCUAGAAGAUGAUGAUAUCUAUGAAGAUGCGGGAGAUCUGGAUUUUUCCGCCGCGUCGCAAAAUGUAUGGCUCUCACGGCUCCCCCGACAGCUGUGGGAGCAUUGGGCGACAGUGGAUGAGAAUGUGGGUGACGAUGAGGAGAUUGAGAUAGGAACAAUCAGGAUAGAAGGCGAACCAGGGGAUCUCAAGCGUGUUAGCUUGCGCCUCCACACGCGCGAAGGCAACGAGGACAUUCCCAAGGACUACACGCUGCAAAAACAAUCCACUACCUCCACAAACGCCUCACACAUGACCAAAAACACAUUCGUAUUCACAGAAAAAGAUAUACCCGGAGCUGAAAACCGCAUGGCGGUGUUUGGAGAGACGCGCUCGGCCUUGUACGAAGCUAUGAAGCGCGACGCGCGGAGGAGGGAGCAAGGCAAGAAAUGGGAGCCUUAUGUGCGAAAGACAGUGCCAAAGCAAACGGCCCUGGUCGGACAAGUGAGUGAGGAAUUCAACUGCUUGCCGGUCGAGAACGAGGAAUUCCGACGGAUCUCGGAGAAAAGAGCUCUGGAGGCUCUACAGCCGAAGAAAAAGACGGAAUUCAUCCAAAAGAUCAAGAGCGAAAUCCUCAACGCACGGACUGCUCUGCCUCAGGACAAGGGCACCUUCGUGCAACAAACAAGGCCCCUCAAAGCCAAGCCUCAAGAAAACAAGUCCAUUCGUAUGCCGCAAAACGAGCUUUUGGACCGCAUUUUCGAGUGCUUCCGCGAAUACCGGUACUGGCCGUUUAAAACUCUCAAGGCCAAGCUGCAACAACCUGAGGCCUAUCUCAAGCAAACCCUGGAGAUGGUUGCCCAUCUGGUCAAGUCGGGCGACUUUUCCAUGACAUGGGAGCUGAAACCCGAGGCUCAACAGGCUAACUAUGCGUCUAUGUCCUAUGAGAAUGUCAAAGCUGAGAAACCGCCUGAUAUGGACGACUACGACGACGCUUCGGAAGAUGAUCCGAGCGCCUCGGGUAUGGUAACGGAUCAGGACUUUUGA